AUGAUACGAAAUAUUUUGAUAGCUCUCACGUUUUCAGCGAUCUGUUUCGCGAAUAUUGUAAGACGCGAUGGUAAGUUGAGAAAGUUUUGUAGCUGGGGUGACUUGGUUAGGUUAGGUUUAUCAUUCAUUUUCUCACAUUUUGCUGUAAAUAAAAACUAUCCAGCUGUGACAAAGAAGUUUUGUGUUUUGCAAAAAAAAUUGAACUGGUUUUCAAAACAUUUUAUUGACUUGAAAAGAAGAAACUGCGUAUAAUUUUGAAAAUUUGACAAAAUGAUGUAAAAAAUGAAAAGUGAAAUUAAUUUUUUUUUCAUUUUUAGCAAACAUCUGCACAGCAAUCUGCGGUGAGAACCAAGUUUACGCAAGAUGUUUACAAACAUGUCGCCCAACUUGUGAUGACCAACAUCCAUAUUGCGAGUAAGCUAUGAUUAUUUGAAUCUUUUCUUUUCAAAAAAAAUAUUUUUUUCAGGCAAGACUGUGCUCGUUCUGGUUGUCAAUGCCGUGCUGGAUAUGUUUAUCAAGGAGAUAAAUGUGUCCAUAAUAGCCAAUGCCCUCCAAGACAAAAAGAUUCAAUCAGUAAAAGAUGUUCAUAUUCAAGCCAAUGUGCAUCGAAUGAACAUUGUGAUUCAAAUGGGUAUUGUAUUGUGCCAAGACGUAAGACUGGAACAUCAGAAAAAAUAAUCUAAAAUCUUCCGAGGUUUUUAGGUUGCUCUAAUGAAGCUCCUAAAGAAACACAUCGAUGUAAACCAAAAGCUCAAAUUCAAACUCAUACAAAAUGCAGAUAUCAUGAUGAUUGCUCAAAUGGUUAUCUUUGUGUGGAUAGAUACUGUAAACUAUCAACUUAUAUGGGGGUGAAUGAACAUGUUCAAUCUGGAACUACUUGUGAGUUUUUACCUGAUUUUCCGAGGUUUUGAUUUACUGAAGACCUGAAAAUAAUCCAUCAAAUUUUCUGGAAAUUAAAAAAACUGUAAUUAAUUUCCAGUGUUCAGAGUAUGAUGACGUCUGAAAUCAUGAAUUUCAUAUCAAAAACAACUUGUAUCAAUUUCUGAUUCGAUUAGCAAAAAUAGCUCGUAUUUUGAUUUCAAAUUUGAUUUUUUAAGAAAAUCAUGUUUUUGUUGAAAAAACACUGAUGCGGAAUUGAAAUUCAAAACUUUAAACAAACUCGUUAGUGAAACUGAAGUUAAGAAACAAAAUACAUAUACACUACUUUUUAUUAACUCUGGAAAUUUAUGCUGAAACUGAUGAAGUUCGUUGAAAUCAAAUGUAUUUUCCAGAAAAUUUAGUGUUCAUAACGUUAAGUUGGUUAUUAUAAAUUUCUGUCAAAUUUUUUAAAGUUCAUUCAAUUUGUUCUGGAAAAAAACGUGAAAAAAUUCAAACAAAUGCGAUAUUCUGAAGUAUUGUUUUCCUGAAAUUUGGAAUUUGAAUGUUUCUUUACCUAUUUGAAAACCUACAUAACCUACGUUUCUCACCUAGGUUUUUUUUUCGAAAAAAAGUUAAUUUUUAACAAUAAUAACUUAUAGAAAUUAAUAAUCAUGAUGAAUUUUUGGAACAAUAUUUUGAUUUUUUGCAGUGUGUCGAACUGACAGAGAUUGCGAACCGAUUGGAAAACAUUGCAUGGACAGAAUUUGUAAAUAA